GCUACUGCCACUGCGUGAUGCGACGCUGCGGCUCCGCUCCAGGUCCGCACCUGCUGCCUUGGGCGCUCACGCGGGGAGCUCCAGGCUCCCGGCCACGGCUGCCGCAGUCCCCGCGCACACUAAUCAUGCCGCGCGCCGCCCCCACCCGCACGUGCUCGGCCCACGCCACUCGGGACGCAGUGGCCAGGCUCCGAGUGCCUCCUGGUCGGAGCCGCCAAGGGCCGGGCUGCGCCUGGGCAGCCGCGUGGGUGACCAAAGUCUUGGCAGACAUGCUGUUGCUCAAGAAACACAUAGAGGACAUCAGCAGCAUCUAUGAGAUCUGGGAGAAGCGGGGCUUGGGCGCCUUCUCUGAGGUGGUGCUGGCCCAGGUGCAGGGCUCCGCACACCUUGUCACCCUCAAAUGCAUCCCCAAGAAGGCCCUUCGGGGCAAGGAGGCCCUGGUGGAGAACGAGAUCGCGGUGCUCCACAGGGUCAGUCACCCCAAUAUUGUGUCUCUGAAGGACGUCCACGAGAGCCCUUCCCACCCAUACCUGGCCAUGGAGCUGGUGACAGGUGGUGAGCUGUUUGACCGCAUCAUGGAGCUCAGCUCCUAUAUAGAGAAGGACACCAGCCACCUGGUGGGUCAGGUCCUGGGCACCGUCUCCUACCUGCACAGCCUGGGCAUUGUACACCAGGACCUCAAGCCAGAAAACCUCCUCUAUGCCACCCCAUUUGAAGACUCCAAGAUCUCUGACUUUGGACUCUCUAAAAUCCAGGCUGGCAACAUGUUAGGCACUGCCUGUGGGACUCCAGGAUAUGUGGCUCCGGAGCUUUUGGAGCAGAAACCUUAUGGGAAGGCCGUAGAUGUGUGGGCCCUGGGUAUCAUUUCCUACAUCCUGCUGUGUGGGUACCCCCCCUUCUACGAUGAGAGCGACCCUGAACUCUUCAGCCAGAUACUGAGGGCCAGCUAUGAGUUCAACUCCUCUUACUGGGAUGACAUUUCAGAAUCAGCCAAAGACUUCAUCCGGCACCUUCUGGAAAGAGAUCCCCAGAAGAGGUUCACCUGCCAACAGGUCUUACAGCACCUUUGGAUCUCCGGGGUUGCAGCCUUGGACAGGAACAUCCUAGGUUCGGUCAGUGAGCAGAUCCAGAAGAAUUUCUCCUGGACCCACUGGAAGCGAGUGUUCAAUGCCACUUCGUUUCUGCACCACAUCCGUAAGCUGGGGCAGAGCCCAGAGGGUGAGGAGGCCUCUGAACAGGGUAUGGCCCAACACAGCCACCCAGGAGGCCUCCGGGUUGGACAGCCUCCCAAGUGGUGAUGCCCAGAUGCUGAGGCCAAGUGGACUGACCCUAGAAGUCCCCUUCCCCACUCCCUGACUCUGGGCUGGCCUCUGCUGGAGUUUGAGACGUGGGUGUGGUCAGGGGUGGGGCACCCCCCCCAGGCUCUGGCAUUGCCAAGGGGCAGUGGCUCCUCUCCCCUGUCACCUCUGCCACCCCUCCAUAAGCAGAGGUGGCCUGGGCAGGUGGGUUUCAGGGGCUGUCCUCCCUGCUUCGCUGACUGUGAGUAGUCCUGCUUGUGCCGUGGUCCUACAGCCCACUCCGAGUUUUCCCCAAACCAAUAAAGACAGAGCAAUGGGCCAGUGGUGAGCUGGGUGUGAGACAAGUGUGGAGUGGAUGGGGGUCACCUGUGGGAAGGAAACCAAUGGGACUGUGCCACCCAAACCUCUGCUCCCUUGCAUGAGGGCAGACAAGCUCUUGGUUGUCCAAGAACUUCCUGUUCCAUGCCCCCCCCCCAAAAAAAAACAAAACAGCAGCUAACUGCAGCCUGGCCAGCCAGCUGUGCCACCCUAGAGGUCUGGCUGUGCAGCCUUGUGGCCCUAGGAGAACAUGGAAUGCCAGCAGAGGUGGAUGGCAGGGGACUAAAUGGGGGUCCGAGCAGUGCUGGCUGUAGGCCCCAGGGAUGGGCUGCAGUGCCCCUGAUGUGUAGGGCCAGGCCUGGGUGUCCCAGCCAGGGCCGUACACUGGGAAAGGCUCACAAGUGCACGGAGGGUGACCCAAGCCCAGGGCUGUCUCCUCCAUGGCUGCUGCCUCCUCUCCACUCUCCCUUCCUUUCUUCCCCUUCUCCAUGGCCAGAUGUCACCUUGUUGGGCAGAAAAGUAGGGAACCCCAGGGUCAGAGGGUGAGGAGGGAUUCCUUGUUCAGGAGAGGAUGUCACCGGGGGCCUCCACCCCUGUGCUGGGCUGGGGCUUUGGAACUCAUGGGCUCCAGGCUCAGGUGGACCUAAGCUGGCAGCUGGGCCCCUGGGAGCAGUGACUGGUUGGUUAUAGCCUCUGGUGUGAAGAGCCACUGCCUAUCCUCUGGUUGGAGUGGCCCCAAUCCCUCAAACCUCCAAUCUGAUUGGCUAGAGCUCCAGACACCUGUCUUGCUGGGCUCCAGGCCUCUCCUGGCCCUCUGGGCCUUUCUCCUGGGCCCAUCAGGGGAAGACCCCAGGGACACUUGUUGGCCCUAGCCAAAGUUCCAGGCGAGCUGGAACUCAUUACCCUGCCAGCCCCCCGGGUGUGAGCCCGAAGACCUGUAGCCUGGUCCGAGGAUGAUUGAAAGGACCCCUCUCCUUGUCAAACUUCAGGACCCAGAGGGAGGUGGCAGGGCCCAA